UUGUUUACCUUCUGUGGACCUUUUUGCUCAUAGGACUGUAUCAGUUGUUUUUGACAUCCAGCGAUAACAUACAUCUUCAGCGACAUCCUUUGAUCGAGUAUCAGGUUUUAUUGGCAUGACCCAUCUAGGUAAGGCCACACCAAACCUGUGGGGUAAUAGACACUUUUCCUGUAAUCAGCUUGUGUUAGUGUGAGGUUACAGGGCCAGAGCUGCUGACAUCCAAUUGUACCCUACCCACAAACCCACUGGGCCUGAUGGUGACGUUUCUGAAGCUCAAUCAAUCGAAAAUAGGGGAGCUGCCACAAGUGGCUGCACAGUUAUUGGUUCUUAAAUAAUUCAUCAGUUCAAUAGAUAAAGAGGGAGGAAAGCAAUUGAGUCUUCUCUCCCUCUACCACCACCUGUCACUCCAAUCACUGGGGGGGAAAACCCUCAAGUAAAAAAAAAAAAUAAAAAAAAAGAAGCUAAAUUGAAGACAUCUGACCAGAUGUUGAAAAGAAACGGAGACAUAAGAAGCUUGAGAAAGGAAAGCAGUUUCGGAAAAGGACAGUGAGUGACUCAUUCAGGAUUGUGAAAGGCCCAGACAGAGCGGGCAGGUAUAGCAAAGAAGUGGGCCUUGAAGUGAGAAAGAAGACAUCGACAAGGGUAAAGGUCAAUUUCGGGUGGUCAGAAGACAUCGAGAGCAGCCGCCAUGGUCAACACAGGCAUGCAGCUGAUCAGCUUCACCUGCGCGGUGACAGGUUGGGUCAUGGCCAUCGCCGUGACGGCCUUGCCUCAGUGGAAGGUGUCCGCCUUUAUCGGCAGCAACAUCCUCACCUCCGAGAUCAAGUGGGAGGGCAUCUGGAUGAACUGCAUCUACCAGACCACGGGCCACAUGCAGUGCAAGACCUACGACUCCAUUCUGGCUCUGCCCCCGGACCUCCAGGCAGCUCGUGCCCUCAUGUGUGUGGCAAUUUUUCUGGGCUGGCUGUCCUGCACAGUGUCCUGCUGUGGAAUGAAAUGCACCACGUGCGCUGGCGACGACCGCCGCGCCAAGGCAGGCAUCGCCCUCUCCGGCGGCGUGCUAUUCAUCCUGACGGGCCUGUGCGUGCUGGUGCCCGUCUCCUGGACCGCCAACACGGUGGUCCAGGACUUCUACAACCCCAAAGUGCCUGUCAUGUACAAGCGAGAGCUGGGCCAGGCGAUCUACCUGGGCUGGGCAUCUGCGGUUAUUCUGAUGAUCAGCGGGGCCGUGCUGAGCAGCACCUGCCUCCAUAUCGAGAGCGGAGGACGGGAGUACCGCCGGGGAUACAUGGGCCGGAGCUUUCCUAACACGCGCCCCUCCCCCCUCGCACCUGAUCCUCCGAAACCUAUCACCUCCAACAGCGUGCCCCUAAAGGAAUAUGUGUAGUCCAGAGAAAAGAUGUGAAGAAGAAUGUCAACGGGUUGGAGUAUGGGAAGAAGCAAGGUUGAGAACGAGAAGAGGAAGUAGAAGGCUGGAGAAGGAAAAACUGUGACUGUGGUGGAGGUGUUGUGACUUGGAAGGUUUUGAAGAUGUGAAGCAUUAGAUUUGAAACUCUACUCUGCAGUUCUCUCACGUUCUUCUACUGUGAUGCAUUUUGAUGUAGUGUAAAUAUUUAUUUCAAAUGUAUUUUUUCAACUAAAUGUAUUUUGUGUGUGUGUAUAUAUAUAUUUGAGACUUUCCAUCAUGCCUAUCAUUAUCCGCCACAUGUAUUGGCUUAUUGACUUCAUUACACAUUUAUUACACUGUGAUAUUUGGUAUUAGUGCAUGGACAGAUCACAAUACUCUGCCUGGAAGACACGACAUCAAUCCCCACAAACAUCUUUAACAUAUUAUGGUUUUGUGACUUGUGGCGUGAAGAUUGGAGUGAUAUCUUUCUUCCACAAUUCUUCUCAGAUGACUAUUAAAUCUGUGAAAUAAUUCAGUCUCGGCACUACGUCAUUGAGUUUGAAUAAAUCCAAAUUGUAAAAGAAUAAACGGAUUAUUCCAAGGGUAUUUUAAUAAGUUUGAACUUUUUCCUUCCAUAUGUUUUAGUUCAUGACAAACUGAUGAUGUUUUGUAGUUUGCCCAGAAUAUUGAAGGUGUCAUGUGCUCAAUGUUCAGCUGUGCACAACUCUAAACAGAAAGGGUUCCCUUUACACUUAGUGAUGGAUCGAUCUAGCCCUCCUAUAGGCUGUUUAGAAUUCCUGUCAAAUGAAUUGUAUCUUUCAGGGCAGCAAGGGCAAACCGUGUGAGCUGAGGAACGGGGAGAAGGCAGCCAUCCUGAAUAAACCAGAUAGUUGGAGAAAGAACAUGUGUUAAAAUGUUAUAUAUAUAUUUUUUAAAUUCAUUGUUUUUCCACAUAAUUUAUUUUCGCUUAGUCAGAAGUUCUACUAUUCUAGCUCAGAAUAUCCACAAAGCAUCUCAGAGUAGACAAUUGGCCAUAAGUGCUGAGAAUAGAGACAUUUUACUCAUUCUCUUAUGGGUAAAAAUAAAAGCAAUGCGUGAAGCCUCUUUAGUCAUAAGUCCCACCUAGUCGACAGAUAUUUAGGACACCUCGUGAGCUGUCCUAACCAGUUAAGUUACCAGCAGGUGUCUUGAUCAAUAACAACAACAAAAAAAUGCAGUGAGUUAGCGGUUUACUGCGACACAUGCAAUUGCUUUGGAUUUGUUCGUGUUUUCUAAUUCUAUAUCGUCAAUCCAUAAAUUAUCUAGAUCUACAGUACAUGCAACAGUAUCUCUUGUGCCUUUACCAAUGAUUUCACAUGAGGCCUAUUUCACAUGAUAUGCCUAAAUACUUAACAAAUAGGUGAAGAAAUAAAUGUAUUUAGAUUAUUGAAUUACAUCGUUAUUUCAAGUUAUCCCUUUGCAGUAAUACCACGUUGUAAAAAAAUAUGCCUAAAUUGGGCACUUGAAGGAAUCUAAAGACUGUUAACUUUGAUUGUGUUCGAUAAAAAUUAUAGACCUUUCACGAGUUGUAUGCAACAUUAUUGGCAAGUGACUUGAGGCCGACUGUGCCAAAGCGAAUUCGUUUUUAAAAGGGAGUGACGAGUGUUUUGAUAUAACGGCAAUAUUGUCCAAAUGAUGCUUUUAACAACCAUCAGAAUUGGUUAAAAAAAAGGUUAUGCAUGCCAAUAUAUUAGGCGAUAAGAGAAGUGAUUGUGUCACGUGAAAUUACAUCAAACGUUUUCCUAUUGCAACAUUAACAUGUACAGUCACAUUCACCGUGGUUGUCUGAAGCGUGCUAUACAGUUCACAGCUGGCAAUGCCUCAUUGCCUUUGUCCCCCCCCCCCCCCAUCAUUUGCAACAAUGUCAAUGAGUGUCAUCACUAUCUUUCCUUUGCGGUACCUUAAACUGUCGUGAUUACCAGCUGAGAGUUUGUCUGGGCAUUGUCUUAAAAUCCUCUUAAAAUCUACUCUGAGCUGGGAGGUUUUUGGGGGUUUUAAAAACAGUUUUUAUCAGGAUUCCUAGGACCUUUAUCUGAGAUGCUUUGUGAAUAAGGCCCUGGUCUUUGUUUUUGUAGCAGAGCUCUGUGGCAAUUCUAACAUGCUCUGUCUACCUCAUGGUCCUCUGCCUUGUUCACAUCCAGGUGCUCUGCUCCUAUCAGACACAUCCAAAGACAAAGUCUAAGUCAACCCGAACCCAGUCUGUUCCUUUACCCUUCAACCCAUUACGGAGUCUUUUUUUUUUUUUUUUUAAAUUGUAGACCGUCUGAAAAGUAGAGAAUCACAUCCACCGGGUAGUCCUCUUGCGAACAUCUUGUAGUUCUCAUUUUACUAGGACUCAAUGAAAAAGGACACUUUAAAACAGUGUAUCUGAAAGAGGAUGCAGAAUAACUACAUUUGUUUAUUAAAUUCAGUGAGGGUAAUUACAGUGCCUUCAGAAAGUAUACACACCCCUUGACUUUUCCACAUGUUGUUACAGCCUGAAUUUUAAAUUGAUUACAUCGAGAUUGUGCCACACAAUACCCCAUAAUGUCAAAGUGGAAUUAUGUUUUUAGAAAUGUUUACAAAUUAAUAAAAAAUGAAAUG